AUGGCCGCCAAACGUCUCGUUGUCGCAGGCGGAAGCGGAUUUUUAGGUUCAAGGAUAUGUAAACAUGCCUCCGUCCAAGGCUGGGAGGUCGUUUCAUUAAGCCGCUCCGGAGAACCACAAUGGGACACCGUAACUGCCUCCAAAGAACGACCGGGCUGGGCCAGCAACGUCGAAUGGGCAAAAGCCGACAUUCUCAAACCAGCCACUUACAAACCAUAUCUCAAGGAUGCGACGGCUGUAGUGCAUACAAUGGGCAUAUUGCUGGAGGCGGAUUACAAGGGUGUUGUGUCCGGUAAAGAGUCGAUUGUUAGUGGGUUACAGAGAGCGUUUAGUUCGACCAAGAGGGGCACGCAGGAUCCGUUGAAUAGAGGAGUUGGGGAGGAGUUGAGGCCGCAGGAACGUGAUGGGCAGUUGACGUAUGAAGUUAUGAAUAGGGACACAGCAAUCGCGCUUGCGCAAGAGGCAUCCUUUGAACAUGUGCCAACCUUUGUCUACAUUUCUGCUGCUGGCGGUGCCCCGAUGCUUCCAGCCAGGUAUAUAAGCACGAAGAGGGAAGCUGAAUCCAUUAUAUCCCAAUCCCUGCCCGACAUUCGAAGUAUCUUCAUCCGACCAGGCUUCCUUUAUGAUUCUAGCAGAAAGUUCACCCUACCAAUCGCCUUAGGUGGAAUGAUUGGUUCAGAGGUUGAUGCUCUUCUUGGAGGACGGCUUAAAUCUCUUGUGGGAUCCAUGACAGAAAAGCCACUCAAGGCAGAUGUUGUCGCACAGGCGGUCGUGGAAGCUAUUGCGGACGAAACGACGCGGGGCGUUGUCGGAACGAAGAAGAUUGAGAACCUGGCGACCCAAGCUUGGCGGAAAAAUAUGCUCUAG